GCGGCAAACACACAUGAAGGCCCGCAAGCUUCAUGCACGUGACUCUCCGAGCUCGUCGUACGUGCCGCGGUCCGAUGCUUCGGACGAAGAAGACGAAGUUUCUUACGUGGGUACAUCGCAGUCGUCGCAAUCGCAGUCCCAGCCAUCCGAACAGGUCAAGCACGAAGUGGGAAUCAUCGAAGAGAUAUACUGCGAAAACUUCAUGUGCCACCGGAAGAUGGUCGUGAAGUUGGGGCGCAAUAUCAACUUCAUCACAGGCGAGAAUGGAAGCGGGAAAAGCGCGAUCAUUGCCGCGCUGCAGAUCUGUCUUGGCGCGAGCGCACGCACCACUCAUCGUGGGAAGAGCCUGAAGAACUUGAUUCGAAACUCGGAUGGCGAACAACCACGACAUGCACUCGUUCGUAUUACUCUGUUCAAUGACGGUACCGGCAGCGACGCUUUCCGUCCGGAACAGUUUGGCCCACGCAUUCAAGUCGAGCGAAUCAUUCGUUCAGAAGGUACCGCUGAAUACCGCUUGAAGGAUUCGGGAGGCCAUCUCGUGUCUAAGUCCAAAGCCGACUUGGAAGCGAUGCUUGACCAUCUGAACAUUCAAAUUGAAAACCCAUGCGCUGUACUCGACCAAGAGAACGCCAAGCUGUUCCUCAAGGGCGAUCCCGUCGACAAAUACAAGUUUUUCCUGCAAUCGACCGAUCUGUACAAGAUGCGCGCUGUCUUUGCCAAGGUCGAGGACGAGACCAAAGUUCGAAAAGAAUCCACCCUCGAGCACGAGCAGCGCAAAGUCCAGCUUCUAGAAAACGCCUGUGCCCAAGCCGAGAAGAUGUACGAGAAGGCAAAAAGCUUUGCUCACUUGGAAGAGAAACUUGAAGCCGUCAAGCACAGUUUGGCAUGGUCGUUUGUGAAUCUGAAAGAGACCGAGUGCGCCACCAUGCGCGCCGAGCUGGAAGAAUCGAUCGCGCGGGCCGAGGGGCAUCGCAAGAAUGUCAUAAAAUAUGACGCCCAGGUGGAGCAGCUCACAGCGGAGCAUGCAGAACUGAAAAAGAUCCUCGAGACAGAGGAACAGAACAUAGCUCAACUGACACAACAGCAAGAAAUGCUGAAACAACGACAAAAACAACUGCAAUAUCCGCUCCAAUUGAAGAAUGCUGAACGAAAACAGUUGGAGAUGAAUCUCCAAAAGAGCAAGAAGCGUCUCGAAGGUAUCGAAAGAGAAAAGGCCAAUAAACGUCAGCGCUUCCAAGAAUACGUGAAGUCUUUGGAAAGCAAGCAAGCUCGGGCUGCGCAGGAACUUCAAGCGAUCCAAAACAAGCUGGACGACGCCCUUGAAACAAAGCGCCAACUGGAGCGACGAGGCGAGGUGAAUUUUACAGCGGAGCUCAACCAGUUGAACGACGAACUCGACAACAUUAAAGCUCAACGCCGUGAUUUACAAAAUGAACGUGAGCGAGUGAGCAAUCGUUUGGCGACUAUUCGUGACCAGGCCAAAAAUCGGCUACUCGCGUUUGGAAAUGGCGUGCCGUAUUUGAACGAGUUGAUUCAAGACAACCUCCAUCGGUUCUCGCAGCCUCCCAUCGGACCUCUCGGAUUAUUCAUCUCCAUUCCCGAACACAAAAACCAUUGGACCUUGGCCGUGGAGCUCAUUUUGAAAAACGUGCUCAACAGUUACUUGGUGGCGUCUGGGCCGGACAAAGCCCUUCUUGACCGGUUGAAAGCAAAGGCCAACUGCCGCCAAGUGAGCAUCCUGAUUGCCAAGCGAUCGUCACAACGAUAUUCUGGCCUUCAUGUACCCAGUGGCUCGCUACGAGACCACGCAGUGGCAUCGAUCUUGUCCGUGGAAGAUCCAAACGUUUUCAACGUAUUGGUCGAUGUGGCCAAAAUCGAAUCCAAGUUGAUUUUUGACUCGAGGAAAGAAGGAGAAGAAAAGGCAAUCGCGUCAACGAGUGGGCGGUCGGUGCAAUUCCACCCGAAUAUCGUGGAAGUUUACAUUCCGAAUGGCGACAAGUUUUUUGCGCGCAAGGGCAACUUGGGUUUUAUUGCCAACAAGACAUACAAGCACGCGCGGAUUCUGUCACAGGACCAUUCGGCCGAAGAGCACGAGUUGUCGGAGCGGUUGAACGUGCUUAAUCGACAGUACCAAGUGCUCAAGCGUGAUGAAGAACAAAGAAUCGAACGAGGCAAUGCCAUGCACCGCGAGCAAGAAGCCCACGAACGCCACUUGCAAGACACUAGCCGAACUAUCCAUACACUCGAAACCGAACUGAAUCGAGCCAAGCGACAACAAGACCAAUCUAUGGACACGUCGAUCGGGGACACAACUGUGCUAGAUGACGAAAAAAUCGAAAUCGAGUACGAAAUGACCACGAUGCACACUCGUUUGCAAACAUUAAACGAAGAGUUGGAACACGGUGACCCAAACAUCGCAGCGAUUACCAACGAGCUAUCCGAGCUGCAAACGCAAGAACACUGCAUUCGUACUACGCUGAACGAUACCAAGGAGCGCGCGAUGGCGCUGUACCAACGCUUGAUGCAGUCCAUCGCGAAAAAGUUGAAAGCAACGCAGCAUGCUGAGAAGCACGAAGCUGACAUCAACGACAAGACUCGCGACGUCCAGGCGAUGGAAGCUCAAGUUGAAGACAGCAUCGCGAAAGCAACGACAAUAUGUCCUCGACUCAAGAUCAAGUUUGAGCAUCCGUCGUAUUACAACACUCAAAUCAAGGAGCUGACGCACCGUUUAAGCGUCGAGAAAGCGCAGUUCGACAACAUGGACUUGGCCGAACUCGAGAUCGACGUCCAGGAAAAGCGAGGCAAGCUCAACCAAAAAGCGCUCGAGUUCCAAGCGUUUUCCGAUAAUGUUCACCAAGUGAGUGCGAUGCUUGUCGAGCGCAAGCUCAAGUGGGCGGCUCUACGCAAAGAAAUUGCGACGCGAACGUCCAUGGGCUUCAACAAGUACAUGAAACACCGCAACUUUGCUGGGAAAUUGAAAUUUCACCACGACGAUCAGCGGCUGGACAUUGCUGUCGUGGCCAACGACGGCGGGACCAAACUGUCGAUUGUGAAUGACAUGAAGCAACUGUCCGGCGGCGAGCGAAGUUAUACGCAAGUGGCCCUCUUAAUGGCGCUCGGCGAGUGCAUCGAGUGCCCGUUCCGCGUCAUGGAUGAGUUCGAUGUGUUCAUGGACAGCAUCAAUCGAACGCAGACGCUGCAGCUCCUGAUCGACACGGCGAAAACGGAAAAGACCAAGCAAUUCAUUUUCGUCACGCCCAACGACCUCAGUUCGAUCAGGGAAGACCGCAUGGUAAAAAUCCAAAAGCUGCAGCCACCGCGCGAUCGAUUCGCGGGACAUCCGUAAGAAACGGGGUACCCCGUGCGAGAUGUUUCCUUCAAAACGAUCGUGGGCCGAGGCCAAGAAAGAGAAUCCUCAGACGGCGGUGCUUAGCUCGUGUGCAAGUGAGUUGUUCUCGAGUUGCAUGGUUGGUAUGGAGUGUUGAUGGAAGACGUGAUCUCAUGAUUUUGAUGAGCGAGUGUGAGCUCUUUUUGUUGUUUGAGGCACGUCUCCAUGCGGACACGUACACAACUCGAACAAAUUCCAUCCAUUCGCGAACGUGUG